AUGCUGCGAUCAAGGAUUGGCGUCCUGCAGACAGUCGCCAAUGUGCAACAGCUCUGUUUGCGCUGUUUAUCCAGACAGCGCCAGUCAUCAUGUCUGUCUCUCCGGACAAGGCACGCGCCCAGGCCGAUUGGCCGCCGCCUCUUAUCAACCACGCGCAUCUUGAGAGCCAUUCCGACGGAAACAACAAAGCAGGAUCAGAUUGCAGACACAAACUCAGCGGAACCAAAUUCCAGUUCCAACGAAGCAUUCUCGCAGGCCGAGCUCGAAACCUAUCGCGACAUCAGAGAAUACCUCCACAAAUGGCAAGCAACGAACCCUCUGGUCCUUGACCCUGUCCGUGACGCUGGUAUCGGAAUAUCCACCGAUUCACCAGGACAAGGAGUCCUAGGAUCGAUGCUCAACGGUCGUGAAUCCAGCGAGUCGCUCUGGGCCAACUCGAACCUCAAGCAAGAGGACGACUUCGAUACUUCCGAGGAAUGUGAGGGUGAACACCUGGAACCGGGUGAUAUGGUGGCUCGUCUAACCACGGAUGGCGUCUUCAUAUUUGCAAUCUACGUGCGAUCCGUCCACCGGCAAAAGCAGUUCUACACCAGCCGCGGAAACUGGCGUGUCUGCACCAAUCGCGAGGUCGACUUUGUAUUCAAGGACUUUGCGCCGCCGGAGCUUCUCGAUCCUAUCAUUCCAUAUUUCCCUGACGGCCUCACCGAGGUCAACUCGGAAAUCCAGUCUGUUCCUGAGGGCGGGCUUCCGCGACCACUUGGGGCGCCGUUGGUAAAUAUGAUGAACAAUUUUGAAGAGCAUCUCCUAUCAUUCUAUAGGGACCACUCAAAAGUUCUUGAUAGUCUGCAUGAACUGGUGGCGGACGACUCGGAGUUCCAGCGUCUGACCCUCGAAGACUUGACCAUGAAGGCUCUCUCCAUCGACGAGUCGGAACUUACCCCGAUAAACAUGUUCAACGUGCAUCAGGCUGUGCGACGCCAUCCCUUCAAGAUUGAAAAGGAUAUUCCUUCCUUCUUCAGUCGGACGUAUCUUAUCCAGCCCAUGCGGAUCGCCAAAGUCGUUGAUCAGGUCAUUGAUUGGGUGCGCGAACACCAAGAUUUCUGUAUCCGUGCCGUCAUGUCCAAAGAGCAGCCCGGGCGAAAGGACCACCCUAUGCACCAGUUUAUUCAGAAAUCGCAGCGCAUGAUCCGUCUGAGUCGGAAGGUCCGCUCGCCAACUAUCAUGUCCAGCGUCGGUCCUUCUUCACAACAAUUUAUCCCCGGUGAUGAUGGCAAAUCUAUGAUGUUUCGCGAAGUCCUAACCGAAAGGUUCACCGCUAAUGACCAAACAAUUCUGGAGUUCAUGCAGUACUACGCGAUUCCAUCUGUCAUCAUGCCCUCCGGUGCCCUAAGAUCGGCGGCCUCGCAUAUAAUGCGAGCUACGGGGAUGUACAACACGCUCGGACUGAGUGAGGCAUCGACUCGCUUAUUCCUGCAAGAGCUAGGAGUUAUCUCCCCGUGGGAAAAUCUCGGUGUCUUAGACCAGAGUCUCUUGCUACCCGGUCACGGAAUGUCCCUCUUGGAAGACAUGAAGUGGGAAGAGGUGGAGGAGUCCUGCAAGAGCAUUCCUCUCGAAGACUCCAUGCAAAAUCUUCGCAAAGACUGGGGUGAUCUACCAGUCUACUGUGUGGACGAUGUUUCAGCUCAAGAGAUCGAUGACGGAGUCUCACUGGAACGCAUCCCCGGCUCAGAUGACAUGUUCUGGGUGCACAUUCAUGUUGCCAACCCGACGGCUUUCCUGGACCGUGGCCAUCCCAUUAUCGAUUACGCCGCGUCACGCGUUGCAACUACCUAUGUCCCUGAGAGAACUUACCCAAUACUGCCAACCGCUUUGACACAGGACCAUUUCAGUCUGGCAGCUGGCAGACCAACGUUGACCUUCAGCGCAAAGAUGAACCUCCAAGGUGAGAUCCUAGAGACUGAAGUCGUGAACGGCACCAUCCGAAACGUGAUCAGCAUCACACACAGCACUCUAUCCAAAUUUCUCAACGGCUCCACCGAAUCCGCAGACUACCUCGCCGUCGGUGAUAAGUCUACCUGGUCCUCACCACCGACCGCCCAAACCUCCCGCCAAACCCUCACAGCCGAAGACAAAGAAUCCUUCACAACCCUUCAAAAGCUAAUGCAAGGCUUCCGCACCCAGCGCCAAAAGAAUGGUGCAAUGGAUCUCCAACCCUCCCACCCAGGCCCCUCACUUUCCCUCCAAAUCGGAACCGCCCCAUUCAAGCCCUACGAAAUGCAAGUCACAGAGGGCCGAUACUACGUCGGCGACCCAAAGAUCAAACUACGCAUGCAAGACUUCAACCCGCACGACGUCCGCGAUGAGUCUAAACACUAUCUCAUCUCACUACUCAUGAAUCUGGCCGGCCAUAUCUCGGGCCGAUUCUGCGCGGACAGAAACAUUCCCGUCGUGUUCAAUGGUACAUGGUAUGAUCCGGAGUAUCAGCGCGUGACGCGUGAUAAUGUCGCCGAGUUCGGCGGACAAGCGUUUUAUCGUCUUGCUAUGCCGAAGUCGUUGGCCAGGUCUAGUCCAGUGCAGCAUCAUAUUAUGGGCUUGGACUCUUAUGUCAAGUGUACGAGUCCGCUGCGUCGGUUUACCGAUGUGAUUGCGCAUUAUCAGAUUGAGGCUGCGUUGCGGUUUGAGAAUGAAUUUGGGCGGAGGUUUGAUGGUCGAGUUGAUCUUCCGGAGGAGAUCGCUACUGAGGCCGAGCAAAUCGAAUCCGAAUCCGAAUCCUCCUCUCCAUCUUCCUCCCCCCCCCAUACACAACAACAGACGUGGACAUCCUUCUACUUCGGCGAAUGCGAACUCCCAACAACAUUCCCCGUCCUGCUACGCGCCAAGAGACUCACCCUCGAGCGCGACGGCCUCAAGUACUCCGGCGUCAUCUCCAAUCUCGGCGUUAACUGUACCGUGUCAAUUCCCGCUGAUUGUCCGGGUGUGGAGAAUAUGGAUGUUUUUGGCAUUGUUGAGGCGAGAGUUGUUGGUGUUGAUAUGUCUAAGCUUGAUGUUGAGAUGGAGUGUGUUGGGUUUAUUAAGGCGUUUGAGAGGGUUGGGGAGUGGGCGUAA